AUGAGGGAUCCUGCUGCCGCCGACUUGGUUAGAAACAUCAAAAGCUUCAUCCGGCAGUUUGAAGAGCGGCCUGCAGGGCACCAAGUAGACCCUGAGGCCGACAGCGCCAAGGUGCAAGCCUUCCUGGCGCAGUCGGAGCAGCUGUUCCGGCAGCACCCCGUGUGGCGCGGCUGCCAGCCCGAGGUGCUGGAUCAGGCGGUGGAGGGCCUGGAGAAGUAUGUGAUGAGCAAGGUGUGGCGCCAGACCUUUGCGGUGUGGCAGGAGGACCGGGAGCGGGACGAGCGGUACCAGCGCCUGAUGCAGGCCCUGGACUUUGUGGACCUGCCCACCCUGAUGGGUGCCAACGUGGAGCCGGAUUCCAACCUGCUGGCGCUGGCACAGAGCGAGCUGCUGAAGAUGGACCGUUACAAGGCGCCACGCGACAAGCUGCUGUGCCUGGUGAAUGUGAAGACAAUGGUGGAGAACAUUGUGCAGCUGGCAGCCAAGGGAGGAGCCAACAUCGGCGGCGCCGACGCCUUCUUCCCCGUCUUCCUGUUUGUGGUGAUGCGCUCGCGCCUGCCGCACCUGGCCAGCAACGUGGAGUAUGUGAAGCGCUUCCGCAGCCGCGCGCGCCUGUCGGGCCAGUUUGACUACAUGCUGUGCAACCUGGAGUCUGCCGCCAUGUACCUGGACACAGUCAACUACGAGCACCUGGCGGUGAGCCAGGAGACGUUCUUGGCGCACCUGGCGGCGGCGGGCAUCCCAGAGGCUCACAUGGAGCUGCAGCGCAUGCAGCAGCAGCAUGAGCAGCAGCAGCAGGCAGCGGCGGACAUGGGAGCAGAGUAUGGCGGUAGCGGUGAUGGGCUGCUGGAGCAGGACCCCACACAGCUUGCCAGCAGCGGUGGCGAAGCUGCAGAUGGCGGCCGUGCAUCAUCACUGACGCCACUAGCUGAGCCUGCCGCGCCAUCACCAGUGCUGUUGGAACCGGCAGGGGUGGCUGGCGCUGGGGGCGGUGGCGCUGACAUCGGCACCGCCGAACCUCGGGAGCUGUCCUUUGUGGACACGGCGCUCCAACAAGCUUUGGUAGCAGCGCAGGAGCAGGAGCAGGGCGCAGCUCAGCAGUAUGCGGAGGCGGGCCUCGUUGAGGAGAUGGUGGCAGAGGGCACGCGGCAUGUGCUGGCGGCCGAAGCGGCGGGCCAGCUGCAGCAGCGCUACCCAUACAUGUAUGCUCAGGCGGAGGACCUGUCGCUGGCGGACGUGCAGGCGUUACUAGUGGGGUACAAGGAGCUCCUGCUGCGGUACGAGGCGCUGUCCCGCGCCUUCCAGCAGCAGCUGGGCCUGGCAGGCAGCGCAGAUAGCACGGCGGCGCUAGCUGGCAGCGGCACUGCGCACCGCUCCAAGCUUGAGCAGCAGCAGUACGGGUUUGGCAGCCUGGUUCUGCCUGAGGCAGAUGGCGGCGGUAGCUUAGGGCAGGGCGGAUACGCACACAGCGCCCCGCUGGCAGUUCCCUCCAGAGGGGCGUCGGCUGCGAGCCCGCAGGAUGCCUCACCCUCCGGCAAGUGGUCCCCCGGUGGCAUCCUGCACCGCAUCACCAGCAGCAGGACCCGCCGCACGCUGACGCCCCCAAAGGACAGCGAUGGCAGCAGGGGCGCAGAGGAUAGCACGCCGCUGGGGCAGGCUGGCCGCCAGCAGGAGGUGGCGCAGCCACAGCUGGCAGCCUGCUGGACCUGCUAG